AAUGAUUUUUUGACAGAAYUUAAAAUCUUAUUUAAACAGCAGAUGUACAAUGGUGCCUCAAACGCCAAUGAGACUGCCUCAAGUUUAUUAGUCCAUGAAUGACGACAAAUCGAGAGAAGGAAAACGUCGUAGCAUUUUAGUUAUUGGCGAUAACUAUCUUGAAGGUCUUUGGAAUUGUUUUUAAACGAUUUAUACAUCUGACAAGGCCACGAACUUUUUCAAGUACUCGUUUCCCCUCGAAAACAUUUCAAUUAAACAUUAUGUGAAGAAACUGCUGAUUUUCAACAUUCACGACGAUCGCUCGAGUGGAUUAAGACUUCAGUAUUUGAACACUCGAUUGUUACCGAGACAAGUUGUGAUCCGAUCUAGUUUGCCUAUCAAACUCCCAAGUGAUUUCAAUUUCCGAAAUUUCGGCCAGAACCUGAAUGCAUCAAAAUCCAUCUGCGAAAAUACUCAAAUCAUUUCGGCAUUCUUUACGGUGUCUGUUGUAUGCGUUUACCGCCGUAAUUUCAAUUUCAUUGCCGCUGAAGAAUCGGCAAUUAGAUCUAUCAGGUGUCAAUAGAAACAAUUUUAUUAAAGUUUUAAUUUGAUUAGCGUUGACUAAAAAUAAAGACGAUUGUUGAAUCACUGUUCUAAGUAUCCUGCCAAGGCUACUGUAUUUAGAUACWGGGAUAUUAUUAUCGCAAUAUUGUUAUAUAUCUCUCAAUUUCACAAACGCGGCGGUAUCUUUUGUUACCAAGAAUGUACUAAUGUUCAUUUGCAUGCRAACCUUUGAUUAAAUAUCAGUGUUUAGUCCAACUUUUCUCUCUUUAGAAAACGUUUUGAAGCUAUAGAGCGCGUAUUCACCGAGUCCUCAGAGAGUGUCAUUGAAACCUUUUCAAAAAUAACCGUAAGAUCAUCUUGUCAGAUAUUGUUGUGUGUUGCUUCAAUUUGAUUUUUUCGGCAAAAGUAAGAUUCUGACCGGAAAAGGCAGGGCAACUGAUAUUAUGGCCUUUUUUUCAAAAAAGCGACUAUCUUUCUUAUGCAAAUUAAAUAAUAAACUAAUCAAUGUACUCAAUUCUGGGCUUUCUUGUCGCUCACAUGAACAAGGCAAAAUAAGAAAUCGCCGGCAAACCAGAACAAAAGAGACCAAUAAGCAUUUUGAGUGUAAAGAGAGAAGAAAAUAUGAAGUUUAAAGGCAACACGUGUAUCUGAUAAAGGUCUUGUAAUGGCGGGAUAUUUUGGUCAUUUACCGUCCUACCCAAUUACAACGCAUCCAAUGACUCCUCCAAACAUUGAYUUCUUUAAYCACAUGGGAUCAAACUCGUGCGCGCAUCCAUCGAGGAAGCAACGUAGAGAAAGAACCACUUUUACAAAAAACCAGCUUGAAGUUCUGGAGGAACUGUUUGGUAAAACGCGAUAUCCUGAUAUAUUUAUGAGGGAAGAAGUGGCUGCAAAGAUAAAUCUCCCUGAGUCUAGAGUGCAGGUUUGGUUUAAAAACAGAAGAGCAAAAUCAAGGCAACUAGAAAAAUCAACUGAGACUAAACAAAGUACAGAGAAGAAGGCCAGCCCACCAUCAACACCUACCUCCCCACCAUCAUCAGUAAACAAUACUAACAGCAAGGACCCACCUCCUCCUAAGAAAUCUAGUCCUUCACCUUACGACCUGCCAAGCUGUAGUGGCAGCAACCUAUGGCAUCCUGUAGCAACAACGCACUCCAUGAUUCCAAACCAAACUUUCCCUCAGGUAUUGACGAAUACAUCAGGACCAGUUUUCAUGCCACCUCCACCCCAGGGGCCAUAUCAUCGACCGAUGUCCAACCCUAACUGUUCCUAUAAUAUGGGUUCUCCUUAUAUGCAUUCUUCGUCACAGAUAGGCAAUCCCUACGGGCAAGCACAUAUCUAAUGSUAUUUGACGAUUUGUAAAUAGUGACCACUAGUUACUAGAAAGGUUAUUUAAACAGCGGUAUCAAUAGUGUUUCGGAUUUAGUUAACUGCCGUAAAAUCCCUGUUUGAAUUCCUUCAUUCAGUCAUCGAUGCGUUUCGUACCCGUUGUAUUGUACUCCAUCCUCAAAACAACUGGAUAAAAAAUAAUACCAAAGCGCUGCAGAAACACAUUUGUGAGGAUUUGUGCUUACGUAAAGUAUUUUAGGCCUUGUCCGCAAAUACGUAUCUAUUGKGUUUAUGUGUUGAUUUUAGUUCUCUCUAUGAGCACCGAAACGAUACAAAGUUCAAAGACUCAGGAACACUAACAGGGAUUUUAUAGGGUCCACUCAAUGCCGCUAGUUUUAGAAAUUAUUGGUGAUGAUUCAGAAACGAAAAUACAACAUUAUUUUUUCUUUAUAUUCAUAAAGUCAUGUGACCAUUUGAGAAUACCUCGUCCUGGUCACGUGGGUAACAUUUGAUCAUGUGAUUYUAAGGUAUUGGUGACAAAGAAGAACUGUUUGGAGUACAAGURAGUUUUUAAGUGCCCAUUUGAGUUUAUAUUUCGGAUUGGAAGUCAUCAAGCCUUGAACUUUGACUAUUAUGGUUUGAAAAAUCAGUACCUACCUCGAAUCACUGAUCAGCUUUAAAUCUUUAAUAUAUAACAUAGUAUACAUACAAAGAAUUGAAUUGAAAACCAGGACAAAUGAUUUGUUAUAUAUCAAAAGAACUUAGUGCACCUAACUACUUCAAUUAAUAGUGGAACCAGCCCCCUCCUUUCUCUUCAUGCACAGGGAGUACAAAGGACUGGGUCUUCUUGUUGUCCACGUAGUUCGUAUAUCAUUUAGAGACAAUGUUCGUCAAUUARUGAAGCAAUCGCUAAUUUUUUCAUGAAUUGAUAUCUAAAGUGCUUUAGAAUUAUUUUAAAUUGAAUUAAGCUACAGUAAAAAAASUUUUGUGGUGUAUAACUUAAGCUUAACUUAAUUUGUAUUUUUGGGAAAAUGUUCAAAAUGAAUGGCUCUCAAGUUUCGGUCGAAUUUCCUCGGAUAUUUAAAAUCUUACCUCUCAAUCCUAUUUGGAAGUACGCUUUAAGUCAUUUUGGAUACUUUUUUCCAGCU